CGAACACGGCUUGUUUUGAAAAAAUCUUUGUAAUAUAUUCGGCUUCGACCGGAUCAAUCAAUCAAUGGUGUAACAUUUAUGUUUGUGUAUUAUCUGUUAUUAAAACAAUGCAAUGCAAUGCGAG